AGGUUAGCCGUGGGAUACAAUAGGGUUUUUUAUAUUCUUUUUACUUUUCUUUUUGUGACCAACAGCAAAAGUAUGAUUUCAUUACAUUCGUUUUUUUAGCACCCGACAAGCCUCAGUCAAAACGCUGAACCACAUGGUAAAAUAAUCACGUGGUCUCUUCUAGUAUAUAUAACAACAUGUUUGUUGAUAUAUAUUAUACAUACAAUAUUUAUAUACUAUAUUUAUUAUCUAUUUUAUUUACAUCCACCUCUAUUUAUCUAUUUACUUAAAACAUUGCUGUACUUUUUUCUGUUAAUCUCUAACACCUUCGGAUUGGGUUUGAGAAUUUAUUUUAUUCCUUUUAAAGAAAAUGUUUUUGUAGUCUUUAUUAAAUCUCUGACAAAAACGCCGAACAUGUCAGUUUAAUACGCUUUAAGAAUUUUACUCUGAGGAUUUUUGUUAAAGUAUCAGAACUUAAAGCAAAAGCCAAUUCAUCUAUCACAAAGGAAUGCAAUUUUGAUGAGAAGGCCAGUGAGAAAUAUUUGAAAAGACGCACAUUUACAUAAGUCAAUCAUUCGACAAUUGAUUGGUUUUAUUUUUAACAGAGUCUGGCAUAUUUAUUACGUUUGCAGAACAGUAAAAAACAGAUGGCAAGGACGUGAAAGUGAUCAGAGAGUUUUUAACAUAAUCUUGUGAUGUAGUAGUUUAACAGAAACACCGGUUUAAUUAAAGGCGAUAUGUAUGUUCGCAAUAAUAUGCUUACUGAUGAAACGAGUUUGCCAGUUCCUCCUCGCUUGUCACAUUUACCUCAUACAUUAGAAGCAACGCAUCACUUUGGACAGCAUUAUCAACCAUCAAAUACUGUUCUGGGAUAUACAUCAUCAACAACGAGACAUUAUUUUAACGUGGCCACAACUAAUGAAAUGGUGAAGACAGUGCUUGAUAAUAUGAAUGAAAUUCACUCACAAACCACUCAACAACAACCACAACAACAACAACAACAACAACAGCAACAACAAGAAGUAGAAAUCCAUUCAAAUAUGAUUCCAGGCUUGUAUGGCGGGAAUUACACUCGAACAACACCUGGAGUAUAUCCCUCCCUGCAACAGAGCUCAUAUAAACAUAUAAAUCACACCCUUCCAACGUAUUUAAAAAACAACAAUGAAGCAGCUCAACAUCUACCAACUGAUGGUACUAUGCAAUCUUAUAAACCUUAUAAAUCGCCUUAUGACAACUUUUUAACGACUGGUCAAUCAAGUCUAUCUAGUUGUAUUACGUCUUCAAUGUUCUCUCAUGAUCCGUAUGGUUACAGGGCAAACUUUAUUGCAGCCUCUCAAAGUUUAUACGAUUCAACGCAGAAGUACAGUGAGCCAGCUGUUUCAACAACCACCCCAACGAAAUCACGUAAAGAGAGAACAGCAUUUACAAAGGACCAAAUCAGAGAGUUAGAAAACGAGUUUAACCGAAACAAUUAUUUAACAAGGUUAAGACGAUACGAAAUAGCGGUCAAUUUAAAUUUAAGUGAGAGACAAGUAAAAGUUUGGUUUCAAAAUAGAAGAAUGAAAUGGAAAAGAGUCAAAGGACAUCGAGGCAAAAAGCAAAAGGAACAUCAGCAGCAGCAGCAGAAACAAAAAGGAGAGGAUUCAAAAACAUCUACCACGCCUUCCAAAGUCACCUAAAAUAAUCGCGCUUUAUGUGAAACAACAUGGUGACCAUCGACUCUUUUAAAAGCGUGAAAAUUCAUUUUUUUUCAUUUUUGAAAACACAUUUUUAAAACAUAAUCAUAGGUCAAUUUCAAGUUAACUCAAAAGUUAUUUCAAAAUCUAGAGACCAAGCCCUGGAAAUAUAGUCAUCGAGAGCUACGGCUGCCAAAAAAAAUCACCGUCCAUAUGGUUACGAAAAAGCUAGGCUGUCCAUCACAUAUUGCUCACACUUUCUUACCUUAAAGCAUAAAACACUGAUUAUAUUUUACUUUAACAAGGCAAACCACGUUGUGAUUUUAAUUUUUAAGAUAUUGUGCAUCUCGAUGAGAGCAAAACUGACGUGAAUUUCUUUAUAAAUGUUGUUGUUGUACAUAUUGGCUAGCAAUUAUUAACUUUAUAUUUUGUAUAUAUUCCCACAGUACGUAGAUUCUAUAUACUGUAAAAAUAGAUGAUGGACUAAUGUUACAUUUAUGUGAUGUAAGUAGAAUAUAUUAUAUCAGUUGUUAGAAAAGUAAGUAAAAAGUUAAC